AUGGCGAUACCGAUAUUAGCUGCAUGUAACGCAACCAGGAGAGCCGUCUUCCACCGAGGCUCAUUUUUCGUUUCACGCGCCCGGCUGAGAUCUCACUUAUAUGCUUCUGUUAUUAGGUACAAUCUUGUCCCCAAUGCCACUUUCCCUAACCAAAUCCAAUUACGCGAAGCAACGGACGCCGUUAUGCACCUCAUAGCGGGAGGUGUCGCACCGGAGAACAUCAUCAUCGGUGGCCCCCUCUCGCACAUACUCCAUCCCCUACCCUCAGUCGAAGCAGCUCCAGUCAGCUCAGAUACGCACUUCCGCGGUUUACUCCUCCUUUCCGCCGUUUGUCGGACCUACAUAGGACGCGAAGGCUCCUAUGCUGCUCCUGGCGCCCCGACACCGGAGCGCGAUGUUAUCCCGGUGGAGUUCUCUCAUCAGGAAUGUCCCUCCAGACGACAUUGCGUAAGUGGAGGUUUUGGCAGCUGCCAGAGCAGUGGCUCAAGCCUUUGUGAAAAACUAUCGGGCGUAUCCUUGUCCACAGUGGGGGAACGGGAUUUUCUUCGGGACGGUGGUGAGCGGCUCUACGUUAGGUUUCUGGUAGAGAAGGAUAGGAUCCACGGUACGCCGAUAUUUGAUUUUAUAGCGAGGGAGAAGCGGUUGAGCGAGUUGACACCAAUUGAUGAUUGA